CAGAGGAAGCAUACAGGAAGUGGGGGGGAAAAAAUACAGGGAGGAAGGAGUGCAAAACACAGGGAAAAUUAUAUACUAAGUCUGACCUCAGCUUCUCCAUCAGCAGCUUCCCUAUAAUUUCAUGGAUACAUGUCGUUAAUAUAUUAUUUCGACGACCUUGGCUGGUGUUAUCGACUCAUUCCAAGCAGUGAUACGCUUCACCAUUUGUAGGAGCGAGCAGCAGAGGAGUGCAGCCUCACAAUCAUGACUUUGCUGCUGCUCUGCAAAGCCUCUUCCUGCUUUAAGAAGCUCUCCACCUUGUCUUCAUAGAGUCGGACAGGUGAGCCACCACCAUCAGCCCAAAGGAUAUCUGUUCAUUUUUACCUGAUGGGGAGGACCACCAUGUAGAGGAGGCGAGCACCCAAUGGCAGCGAUGGGAAGCCACGCAUGGAGCGGGUCUGGACUGCAGCCGUGGUGAGCCUGAGCUCCGCAUCCUCCCUCGGAAAGGACCGGCGUGACCUUCUCAGGACUCGAACCACCGGGGCCGUCGGACGCUCACCUGGAAUCGCCCCCCCACCCCUGCAGCCCCCCCUUUCUUUUUAAAUUUUUUUAACAUAAGCUGCAUUUUUCCUUUCUUCGUCGACAACUCGGAGACAGAUCCCGUCCUCAUAGCAAUAAGAAACUGAAGUGACAUCAUGGGGGACAUGUCCAACAGCGACUUCUACGCCAAGAACCAAAUAAACGAUGGCAACCACGCGGUGGGCUUCGGCUGCUCACUCAUGGAGCUGCGCUCGCUCAUGGAGCUGCGCGGCACCGAGGCGGUGGUCAAGCUCCAGGAGGACUACGGGGGCGUGGAGGGACUGUGCGCACGACUGAAAACCUCACCCACGGAAGGCCUGGAAGGUGUCCAAGGCGACCUGGACAAGAGGAAAGAAAUAUUUGGAAAAAACUUGAUACCUCCAAAGACGCCAAAAACCUUCCUGCAGCUGGUAUGGGAGGCCCUGCAGGACGUCACACUCAUCAUCCUGGAGGUGGCAGCCCUCAUUUCCCUGGGCCUCUCCUUCUACCACCCGCCUGGAGAGAGCAACGGAGAGUCUUGCGGCGAUGCGGCGGCAGGCGUGGAGGACGAGGGCGAGGCAGAGGCGGGCUGGAUCGAGGGCGCCGCCAUCCUCCUGUCGGUGGUGUGCGUGGUGCUGGUGACCGCCUUCAACGACUGGUCCAAGGAGAAGCAGUUCCGCGGGUUGCAGAGUCGCAUCGAACAGGAGCAAAAGUUCCAGGUGGUGCGUGGCAGCCAAGUCAUCCAGCUGCCCGUGGCGGACAUACUGGUGGGGGACAUCGCACAAAUCAAAUAUGGUGAUCUGCUUCCUUCCGACGGAAUCCUGAUCCAGGGCAACGACCUGAAGAUCGACGAGUCGUCGCUGACCGGAGAGUCUGAUCACGUGAAGAAGGCCGCUGACAAGGACCCCAUGUUGUUGUCCGGGACCCACGUAAUGGAGGGGUCGGGGCGCAUGGUGGUGACUGCGGUGGGCGUCAACUCCCAGACUGGAAUAAUCUUCACGCUGCUGGGGGCCGGCAUAGAGGAGGAAGAGAAGAAAGAAAAGAAAGGAGAUGCACUGGAGGACGGGCACCAGAACACAGACUGCUCGCAUCCCCCCAUCCACCCCAUCGCCACUAUUGCCACGGAUGGGGCGGCAGGCUUUAACGCCCCCGGCAGUGCCAACCUCAUUAAUGGUAAAAUGCAAGAUGGCAAUAUGGAGAGCAACCAGAUUAAAGUGAAGAAGCAGGACGGCGCUGCCGCCAUGGAGAUGCAACCCCUGAAGAGCGCCGAGGGAGGCGAGGAGGAGAAGGAGCGGAAGAAGGUGUCCAUCCCCAAGAAGGAGAAGUCUGUGCUGCAAGGGAAGCUUACUAAGCUGGCCGUUCAAAUCGGCAAAGCAGGGCUGCUCAUGUCGGCCGUCACAGUCAUCAUCCUGGUCCUGUACUUCACCAUCGACGCCUUCGUCAUCCAGAAGCGUCCCUGGCUGCCCGAGUGCACUCCCAUCUACAUCCAGUACUUUGUCAAGUUCUUCAUCAUCGGCGUCACCGUGCUGGUGGUGGCCGUGCCCGAGGGUUUGCCGCUGGCCGUCACCAUCUCCCUGGCCUACUCUGUCAAGAAAAUGAUGAAAGACAAUAAUCUGGUGCGCCACCUGGACGCGUGCGAAACCAUGGGCAACGCCACCGCCAUCUGCUCGGACAAGACGGGCACGCUCACCACCAACCGCAUGACGGCGGUGGAGUGUUACAUUGGAGACGUGCACUACAAGGAGAUCCCCGAGCCGGGGGUCCUGCCUCCCAAAUCUCUUGACCUGCUCGUCAACUCCAUCUCCAUCAACAGCGCUUACACCACCAAGAUACUGCCUCCAGAUAAGGAAGGCGGUCUGCCCAAACAGGUGGGCAACAAGACGGAGUGCGGCCUGCUGGGAUUGGUGUUGGACCUAAAGCGAGAUUACCAGCCCAUACGGAACCAGAUCCCGGAGGAGAAGCUCUACAAAGUGUACACCUUCAACUCCGUCAGGAAGUCCAUGAGCACCGUCAUCAAACUGCCCGACGGAAGCUUCCGCAUGUACAGCAAGGGAGCGUCGGAGAUUGUCCUCAAAAAAUGUAACCACGUCCUGAACGAGGUGGGUGAGCCCAGGGUUUUCCGUCCCCGGGACAAGGACGAGAUGGUGAAGAAGGUGAUCGAGCCCAUGGCCUGCAAUGGUUUGAGGACCAUCUGCGUGGCGUACCGGGACUUCUCCAGCAACCCGGAGCCCAACUGGGACGACGAAAACAACAUCCUCAGCGACCUCACGGCCAUUUGCGUCGUCGGGAUCGAAGACCCCGUCCGGCCGGAGGUGCCAGAUGCCAUUCAGAAGUGCCAGCGUGCGGGCAUCACGGUGCGCAUGGUGACCGGGGACAACAUCAACACGGCGAGGGCCAUCGCCAUCAAAUGCGGCAUCAUCCAUCCAGGAGAGGACUUCCUCUGCAUCGACGGGAAAGAAUUCAACAGGAGGAUCCGCAACGAGAAAGGAGAGGUGGAACAGGAGCGGAUCGACAAAGUUUGGCCAAAACUUCGCGUCCUCGCCAGAUCUUCCCCCACAGACAAGCACACGCUGGUCAAAGGCAUUAUUGACAGCACGGUAGUAGAGCAAAGACAGGUAGUGGCCGUGACAGGUGAUGGCACCAAUGACGGUCCAGCCCUGAAGAAAGCUGAUGUGGGCUUCGCCAUGGGUAUCGCGGGUACCGACGUGGCCAAGGAGGCGUCGGACAUCAUCCUCACCGACGACAACUUCAGCAGCAUCGUCAAGGCGGUGAUGUGGGGCCGCAACGUCUACGACAGCAUCUCCAAGUUCCUGCAGUUCCAGCUCACCGUCAACGUCGUCGCCGUCAUCGUGGCGUUCACGGGCGCCUGCAUCACACAGGAUUCCCCCCUGAAGGCGGUGCAGAUGUUGUGGGUCAACCUGAUCAUGGACACCUUCGCCUCCCUGGCCCUGGCCACCGAGCCGCCCACUGAGUCUCUGCUCAGGAGGAAGCCGUACGGACGCAACAAGCCCCUCAUCUCCAGCACCAUGACCAAGAACAUUCUGGGCCAUGGAGUCUAUCAGCUCAUCAUCAUCUUUCUUCUUCUCUUCGUCGGUGAGCAGAUAUUCGACAUCGACAGCGGCCGAAACGCGCCUCUCCACGCGCCUCCGUCGGAGCACUACACCAUCAUCUUCAACACCUUUGUCAUGAUGCAGCUCUUUAAUGAGAUCAACGCCCGCAAGAUACACGGCGAGCGCAACGUCUUUGAGGGCAUCUUUAGGAACCCCAUCUUCUGCUCCAUUGUUUUUGGCACCUUCGCUGUACAGAUAGUGAUUAUUCAGUUCGGAGGGAAACCAUUUAGCUGCCAACCUCUAAACGUGGAGAAGUGGAUGUGGUGUGUUUUCCUCGGCUUGGGGGAGCUCGUCUGGGGGCAGGUGAUCGCGACAAUACCGAACAGCAAGCUGCGCUUCCUGCGGAGAGCGGGUCAGCUCAGCCGAAAGGACGAGCUACCGGAGGAGGACCUCAAUGAAGACGACGAGGAGAUCGACCACGCCGAACGGGAGCUGAGGAGAGGGCAGAUCCUCUGGUUCCGAGGACUCAAUCGCAUUCAGACUCAGAUCCGCGUGGUGAACGCAUUCCGCAGCUCCCUCUACGAAGGCCUGGAGAAGCCCGACUCCAGGACCUCCAUCCACAACUUCAUGACCCAGCCCGAGUUCAGGAUAGAGGACUCCACGCCCAGCAUUCCGCUCAUCGACGACACGGACGACGACUCGGCUCGCCGGAGGAGGAAGUUCUCCAGCCAGCCGUCGUCGCCCAACAAGAACAACAACGCCAUCGACAGCGGCAUCAACCUGACCAUCGACACCAGUAAAUCGGCGGCGUCCUCCAGCCCCGCCAGUCCUUUGCACAGCUUGGAGACCAGCCUCUAACCUCCUCAUUU